AUGGAACUCACAAUGGAGAACCUUGGCAACCUUCACGGUGUCUCUUCGCACUCACAGGCGGGAGAUCUCAUGAGCUCCUCGCACGCGCGACCACCGCCGUCCUCCUCUCACCGGAACCUGGUCCCGCACGGCCACGGCGCGCGGUCAGCGAUGGUUUCCAGCAUGGCUUCGAUCUUAGAGGGCUCGGGAGGGGACUACCGGACGGACCCUUCGCUGUCCGGUCACCUGCACCCGGCUAUCAGUAUGUGUGAGUCCGGUAUGGGUCUGAGCAACACGUAUACUACACUCACUCCUCUCCAACACCUACCUCCUAUAUCCACGGUCUCCGACAAGUUCCAUCACCCACACCCACACUCCCACCACCAUGCAGCCGCCCACCAGCGACUAUCUGCGGGGAACGUCAGCGGCAGCUUCACGUUGAUGAGGGACGACCACCGUGGGCUUGCAUCCAUGGGCAAUCUCUACGGUCAUUACCCCAAAGAGAUGUCCGUGUCCGGGAUGGGCCAUGGCUCCCUCUCCCCGCUCUCCAACGGCCUCGGUUCUUUGCACAACUCCCAGCAGUCGCUGUCAGCCUACGGUCCCAACCCUCACCUCUCCAGUGACGCCAAGAUGCUCUCUCCGGUGUCCGGGUUCGAGUCCCACGCCUCCAUGUUGUCUAGAAGCGACCAGGAACACUUGGCCAGGAGUUUGGGAGGCCACGGCCACGGCAUGAUCACCAACCUCAACGGGAUGCAUCACCACCCGCACAGCCAUCUCCACUCCCAGUCCAACGGAGCGGUGAUGCUGGGAGACCGGGAGAGGCACGGCCACGGGGCCGGUCAAGGGGGGGGAGCUGGGGUCCAGGCGGAGGAGAUCAACACGAAGGAAGUAGCUCAGAGGAUAACGGCUGAACUAAAGCGCUACUCGAUUCCCCAGGCGAUAUUUGCCCAGAGAAUCUUGUGCCGGUCCCAAGGAACCCUCUCGGACCUGCUACGGAACCCCAAGCCCUGGAGUAAACUCAAGUCCGGCCGGGAGACCUUCCGGAGAAUGUGGAAGUGGCUUCAAGAACCGGAGUUUCAACGGAUGUCCGCUCUCCGCCUGGCGGCAUGUAAACGAAAGGAACAGGACCAGGGCCGGGAGAGAAACAUGCUUCCCAAGAAACAGCGGUUGGUCUUUACCGACCUGCAGCGCCGCACCCUGGCCGCAAUCUUCCGGGAAAACCGGCGACCCUCCAAAGAGAUGCAGAUCACCAUCUCCCAGCAGCUGGGUCUCGAGCUCUCCACGGUCUCCAACUUCUUCAUGAACGCGCGCCGCCGCUGCCACGACCGCUGGGGCCCCGAGGGUGCAGGGAGUGAGCACGGGCACGGGAGUGUGCACGGCCAUAAUCAUGCGCACGGUCAUGGAAAUAGCAACAACAAUAACAACAACAACGCAAAUUCCUCUUCCCCAGCACAACCGGGCACCUCAUCUUCGUCAACCAUCUUCUCCAAGGCCUAAGUGCGGGACUGUUUGGGCCUAAACUAGAGGCUCCAAACCCGGAGGUAUCGCGACAGCUUUUGGGAGAUUUUUUUUUAAACUCGAGCCCAGCGCUUAACACUCCUGAUUCAGCACAUUUUGGUCUGGAAAGAGGCCGGAAGUUGGUUGUCUGAAUCAGGUUUGCCCAUCCACUGUUCUAACACAAAAAUGUAUUUCGUUUCUGUGACGAAUAUGACCCAUGAUCCUUUACGUGUAUUUCCCAGCCACCUUUAUGUUAAAACCAAAGAAUAUCUAACAGGUUUGAGAUUGGUGUAGGAUUAUAGUUGACUGUAAACCUUCACCUAAAAUCAUUUGGCUGCAAACCAAAGAAAAUCCAGAAAGUGACACUGAGAACGUCACUAUGGUCCUUCUAAGAGAACAGAUCUCUUUCUGGGUCAAUUUGUUACAGCUAUAGUAGCCUAAAGGCAUAAAAUUGCUUCGGAUCAGUCCAGAAGCUCAAGUAUUUUACCAGCUGGUAACAUACAUACACCCUAAGAUAAGACAAUGGUGAUGGAGCUGACUGC